GUUGUGGUUGAUUCUGUAGUUAUUGGUUCGGAUGCAGAGGUGAAUUCUGUAGGGGUUGGUUCAGAUGUAGAGGUGAGUUCUGUAGUGGUUGGUUUAGGUGUUGGGGUGAAUUCCGCUGUGGUUGGUUCAGAUGUAGGGGGGAAUUCGGUAGUGGUUGGUUCGGAUGUUGUGGUUGGUUCUGUAGUAAUUGGUUUAGAUGCAGAGGUGAAUUCCGCAGUGGCUGGUACAGAUGUAGGGGUGAAUUCGGUAGUGGUUGGUUCUGAUGUAGAGGUGAGUUGUGUUGGGGUUGGUUCAGAUGUUGUGGUUGAUUCUGUGGUGGUUGGUUCAGAUGUAGAGGUGAUUUCUGUGGGGGUUGGUUCGGAUGUAGAGGUGAGUUGUGUUGUGGUUGGUUCAGAUGUUGUGGUUGGUUCUGUGGUUAUUGGUUCAGGUGUAGAGGUUGAUUCUGUAAUAAUUGGUUCAGAUGUUGGGUUUGAUUCUGCAGUUGUUAGUUCAGAUGAAGACGUGGAUUCUGUAGUAAUUGGUUCAGAUGUUGUGGUUGAUUCUGUGGUGAUUGGUUCAGGUGUGGAGGUGAAUUCGGUAGUGGUUGGUUGA